CGGCGACUAUUUCUAGUGGAAGUGCUGAAAGCGCGCAGGACAUCACGCUCAGUACUCUCACCCGGACUAAACCAAACUUUAUUCUGCAAUUAUUAUUAAAAAAAAAACCGAGUAAAUAUUUAGCACUUGUCGAAGAGAAUAUGGGAAGAGAAAACCUUGUUCUGCUCAUCAUCUGGAUGUAUUUUUUGAAUCUUUCUUCCAGUUUUUCAACCACAUUUGCUCCACCAGUGGAACCAAGCGCAUUCAUAGGCAACACCACAACCAACUCUACAGACUGGAUGGUGGACUUCAGUGACAUUGAGUCCAAAUUUGCUCUGAGAACGAUUGAGGAACCGGAGGAUGAUAUAUGCUACAUCGUUCCUGGCCAACGGGACAGCAUUAAAGAGUGCAAUUUCAAUCCAGACACCAAGACUUUUAUAGUCAUUCAUGGCUGGACGGUCACUGGAAUGUAUGAGAGUUGGGUUUCCAAACUGGUGACAGCGCUGUACGAACGCGAGCCAGUGGCCAACGUCAUCGUGGUGGACUGGCUGGUCCGGGCACAACAACAUUACCCAACCUCAGCCGCCUACACCAAGCUUGUGGGCCGCGACGUGGCCAAGUUUGUCAACUGGCUACAGGCUGAGCUGGAGUAUCCAUGGGAGAAGCUUCACCUCCUGGGCUACAGCUUGGGUGCUCAUGUAGCCGGCAUCGCAGGACUCCUCACAAGGAACAAAGUCAGCAGGAUCACAGGCAUGGAUCCAGCUGGCCCAAGCUUUGAGUAUGCUGAUGCCCAGAGCACACUGUCCCCUGAUGAUGCCCAGUUUGUUGACGUGCUCCACACCAACACACGUGGCUCUCCGGACCGCAGCAUCGGCAUCCAGAGGCCCUUGGGCCAUGUGGACAUCUACCCCAAUGGGGGAACGUUCCAGCCUGGAUGUAAUCUGCAGAACACAAUGAUGAUGGUGGCUACCACAGGGUUGAGAAACAUGGACCAGAUUGUGAAAUGUUCCCAUGAGCGCUCCAUCCACCUCUUCAUCGACUCCCUGGUCAACAUGAAGCAGCAAAGCAUGGCGUACCGCUGCAGUUCCAAGGAGACCUUCAACAAGGGUGUGUGCCUGAGCUGCCGCAAGAACCGCUGCAACAAGGCGGGCUACGAGGUCAACAAGGUGCGCAGCCGCCGGAGCAGCAAGAUGUACAUGAUGACCAGAGAAAUGAUGCCGUACAAAGUUUUUCACUACCAAGUUAAAGUCCAUUUCUUCAGCAAGAGCAAGAUAAGCUAUACAGAUCAGCCCGUGAAGAUUUCCCUGUAUGGUUACUCUGGAGAGAAGGAGAACAUCCCCUACAUUAUACCUGCUUUGAAAACCAACAUCACCAUCUCCUUCUUACUCACCACGGAUGUGGACAUCGGCGAGCUGCUGAUGGUGAAGCUGCUCUGGGAGAAGGACACCAUCCUCAGCUGGCCCUGGUGGAACCCCGACACUUUCCACAUUCGCAAGCUGCGCAUCAAAUGUGGGGAAACACAGUCCAGAGUGAUCUUCAUCGCCAAGGAAGGUGAGUUCUCCUACCUUGCUCGUGGAGGGGAAGCUGCUGUGUUUGUGAAAGACAAAGAAGCUCAGUCAAGCCGCAAAAAUGAAAGAUUGCACAAGUUGAAGAUGCAUGGCAGCUCAUUCAAAAAUACUGCCUUAGAUGCUUAGAGAUGCUCUCACACUUCCACCAUUUUGCCAGAGGAACCAGCUGAAACUGGACUGGGAAGGAGACGGUGCAGUUUCUGUACAUUCUGAUCCGAGCAAGUUGCAGAAUAGUAGCAAUUGUGUGACCUUCACCCAUAAGCACAUCCUGUAAGGAACUUUUACUUGUGAUAACCUUUAACUGCUGAGCAGUUUAAAUAAAAAAGCCUAACUUCUGAUUACCGCUCAGUAUUAUCGAUUAGCCAGACUUGAUCUGAGGUCACUGGAGCUCAGAGUAGAGCCAGAACCUGAUGUGACUGGAGCCUGACCACUUCUCAUUGGCUGUAACUAGGCAUGUGCCGAUGAUAAAAUCGGACCAUUCAAAAGACAUCAUGACUGAAAUACUGCUGAGGUUUGUUUAUGGUUGAAAAAGCUGACCAAUGAGACCAGCAAUGAUUUUAUGAUAAUAGUGAUAGGCAAUAAUGGUAGGAAAAUCGUGCACAUGCCUAGAUGCUAAAUAUUUCUUUAAAUGAAAGAUAAGAAGUCUUUUAUUGUUAUGCAAUAUAUAUGUGCGUAUAUGUAAGUAAACCGUUACACUGUUAUAAUGUGUGUAUUGAAUUUCUGUCAGCUUUGGUCAAACCGAAGUGAAAGUAAUAAACAAUGUAGGGCAAAGUGGGCGUCACGUGGGGCUGCACUCAGGUCACAGGGGCUUCGUAUGCCUGACUGACUGACUCACUUAGUCACUGACUGACGGAUUGACUCAUUGACUGACUGAUUGAUUUGCUGACUGACUGAUUGAUUCACCAGUCACUGACUGAAUGACUCACUGACUAAUUGAUUUGCUAACUGACUGACUCACUGAGUUACUGACUGAAUAACUCACUGACUGACUGAUUGAUUUACUGACUGAUUGAUUUGCUGACUGACUGAUUGACUCACUGAGUUAUUGACUGAAUAACUCACUGACUGACAGAUUGAUUCAUUGAGCCACAGACUGAUUGACUCAAUGAGUCACUGACUGAUGGACUCACUGAGUCACUGACUAAUUCACUGACUAGCUCUGAAGGUGAAACCACCUGAUGAAGGGAAUGAUUUUUGUGUCCCUGUUUACCUGCCUACAUAGCAAUCAAACACUGAGUGUCCUUGAUCACAGUGAAGUGGCUGGUGAUGCCAUGUUGAGGUAGUUUAUAAUGACGUGAUGCUAGGCUUUGUGUAUAAGAUGUCAUGGUGAAAUUUUAUAGAGUAUAAAAGGUGCACAACACUCUAAAACUCUGCGAAACACUGUGAAGCUGCCUAAAACCUAUAUACUACCUAUCAGAUACACUUAAUGCUGUAGAUCCGAUCUACAUGCAGGAAUUUAGCAGUCCACUUUUUACCAUAGAAUUUAAGUAGGCAUAGUAUGUUGACCACUUGCUAGCAGGGGACCAAAUACUCUCUUAGCUGAAUCUAUAUACAGAAAUGAUCAGUGUAAAUAUGUUUAAUUGUUCUAUAUUUGGAAAUGUGUAAGUUUAAGUUGUUUUUGUGUCUGUGUUUGGGUUACUGUGUUUGGCACAGGUCACUUUAUAGGCUUGGAUUAGUUUCCUGUUCAAUCUAUUCAUCACUUAAUGUCACAAUCAGAUGUUUUCAUUCUUUUGGUCAAUUGCUCACAAUUAAAUCAAAAGAUCACUCAAGACCUAAAACAUAUUUGUCUAACGUUUAGGUUUUGAUUGGUUUUCAGUAUUUAAUCAUACACUUAAUUUUGCCUUAUAAUGUGCUCUUCUGCCAGAUUGUUGUGAAUUAAAGGAAUUCUGAACAUGCUUCUGCACACUUCCUGAUUGUGGCUUAAGUAGGUAAACUACACACAAUUCAUCAGCUGUGGUGUUAUAGUUCCUACCAUGCACCAGAAACCUAGCCCUGAGGAAAUCAGAAUUAAAUAGGCCUUAUGAAAAUUCCAUCAGGAUGAAUUUCCCCCAUAAGACCCAUAAAGACAACAGGAUUAUUUAUUAAUUGUAUAUAUUUGUACAUUAGCCUUGUAUAAACAAUGUAUACCCUUGGGAUUAUUCAUCGUAUUAAUAUGCAAUGCACUGCAUAAGUAUAUUUUAAUAAAGAGUAUGUUGCAUUAUAA